CUCUCACAGAAUGCGCAGAACCGCUGCCCCCAGGCCUGUGAAUGGGCUCGUUCGACGGCUCGCCUGACCUGCAGCGGCGGGCGCCAUCCGCGAAGACCUCUUAACGGCCGCUUUCUCACCCUUCCUCGCCUGUCCAUCAAGCUUCAUCGCAGCUCCCAUCGCGACCCCUCCGCCUCUGCUGUCCGGUAGCUCUGUGACGACGCCCUGUGCAGCUGUACGCCCCUCCAGGCCGAACGCCGAUAUCAUCGCCGAUAUCAUAGCCGUGCGAUAGCGAUCACGGGUCUAUCUUCCGCAGAAAUCCCGCACCAUAUCAGUUCCUCACCAACGACGCAACCACCAUGGCGAGAUUCUUCAUCCCUAGACAUUGGCGCAUGCACAAGAUCAUCUGGGCGCUUUUGAUCCUCGAGUUUCCCUUUACUGUCGCCGUUCUAGCUCUGACCGGUAUAGCAUCACCGAAUCUGUACCGCACCAAGCUCUGGCAAGAAGGCGGGGACCUUGGGUUCAACAGCGACCCGACGACGAUUCUAUACGCCUAUGCCAAUUACCGACCCGUCCACAUCCCGCUCGUAUGGAGUUCAUUUAUUACUCAAUUCAACCUCGUUGUUGGCGUAUUGAGCAUGUUCAUACACCUGACCAAGUUCACCAUGUUCAUCCUACAUGUCUUCUGGCCUAUCAUUUCUAUGCUUGUCCACUUCCUGCUCAUAGGUCUGUGGUCGUACAGCAUUUACGCGCAGACCUCUCCGGACACAAUCGACCCCAAUCGCCAGAAUCACGGUGCUCCGUGGUAUAUCACGAAAAACUGCAACAUCGCGUCAACCCACUCGCUCAAAGGAUACUGCAUGCAAGCGAAGUCGACUUUCGCUGUUAGCGUUGUGAUGCUUACGAUGUUCGUUAUUCACGCCCUCGUCAGCAUCUGGUCCAUGAUCCCCUCUAAGGAACAGAAACUCGCGCACGCUGAGAAGGAAGCCGAGAAGAAGGCCGAGAAGGAGAAGUGGUCGCCUGUCGAAGAGGGUAUGACCGCUGAACAGCAGUGGCAGCAUAUGUGGGAGCUGCAGCAGUUGCCGCGGACGCCCGGAACAGCCGGCGGAAUGAAGAGCCCGAUGACGCCUCGGACACAAGCGUUCAACAGCCUCGGCGGGGGCCUACCUCUGAGGGAGCAUGAAUAUCAGCCGUUUCCGCGGUAAUGAGCAGUUCAAUUUAAGACCGGCGUAAAUUUUGGGAUGACUUCGGAUGAUAUCAGGGACGGAAGCAGGCGCAACUUUGGGCGUUGGCUGGCAAUUGCAGUCUUCAAUAUCUGUUUGAAAGAAAUGAGUUUCGAAACUUUCCUAUCAUGAG